AUGGCAAACAAUCGGGGAAGUGUCUGGGCUCGGGCAGAAAUCCUGCUUCUGCUGAAUAUAUGGCGAGAUGAAGACGUGGAAGGGCAGUUGCAGGGGAUGCACAGGAAUUUGCCUAUUUACAACCGAGUUUCUGAACUGCUGGAGGUGAGGGGCGGGUUCAAACGCACCCCAGAGCAGUGUAGGAAUAAGCUGAAAUCUCUGAAGUCGGACUGGUCGAAAGCCAAGACAAACUUUGGGCGUUCCGGCACCUCUGGUCGGAACAACGUCAACAAUGAAGAGUUUGUGAUUUUGAACGAUGUUUUAUCUGCACGGCCGAUCCAUUCUCCCGUCAACAUUGUCGACACCAUGGUCCCCUCUGGCUCUGCAGCUGCACGUGCUGAUAUUACGGAUAACCCUUCAGGACCAGUCGGGCAGGAUCCCUAUCAGGAUGACCAUCAUUCUGAUGUAGCGGAAGAGGACCUCUUUGAAACCUUUGAUGAUUCUGGUUCACGAAAUAUGGAAGAUUCUUGCGGUGGAACUGGAAGCGAGGGAAAGAAGAAAGGCACAAAGAGAGUUUGGACCGGCCGACUGUAUGACGAUGAGGAAUCAUUCAUUAGCAGUGAGGGGGAUGACAGACCCAGUUCAAGUAUGUCAAGUUCAAGUUCAAGCGAUGGGAAAAAAAGCAAGAAGACUGUUGUUGGAAGCAAUACAACAAAGAAGGUUGGGGGUUCGCAGUCUAAAGCCAAGUCAUUGAGUGGAGGCUCCGGUAUAAUGAAUAUGGCUGCAAGUAAUGUGCCAGUGAAUGGUAUGUAUUACUUCCUAGGCUCUGAGCAUGCUAGUAAUGAAUAUUGCGAAAUCUUUAAAACAACGACAGAAUUGUUCAAAUAA